GAUUGAAUUUGUCUCAAUGGCGGAUUCCCAAAGGUUGUCCACCGCUUCCGGCGUCAAGGACGGCCAACCACCAUGGAAGAAGAAGAAGCUGUCGAACGAUACGACUUCGAAUCCGUCACUUCCAUAUGAUGUAAUACUGAUCAUCUUAGCCCGCGUCUCGAGAUCGUAUUACACAAAUCUCUCCUUAGUCUCCAAAAGCUUCCGAUCAAUCCUUACUUCACCGGAGCUUUACAAAACCCGAACCCUCUUAGGCAAAACCGAGAAUUUUCUCUAUGUUUGCUUACGCUUCCCUGAUGAAGCUAAUCCUCGCUGGUUCACUCUCUACAGGAAACCUAAUCAAACCCUAACCGAUCACACCACUAAGAAGAAGAAGAAGAAGAAGAAGAAGGAGGAGAAGUCAAGUGUUAAUCUGUUGGCUCCAAUCUCAAUUCUCAAUUCUCAUCCUGUGGAAUGGUCAGCUAUCAUAUCUGUUGAUCAUUAUCUCUACGCCAUUAGUGCAGACAUCGAAAAGGCUCCGUACUCUAACGUUCCUUACCUAGAUUGUCGAACUCACACUUGGAAUGAAGCUCCAAGAAUGAGAUUGGCUCACACUAAUAGUGAAUUUGAAGGAAUAGUGUAUUUACCAGGAAGCUUUGAAAGUCCAGAUUCUUUGAACUGUGUUGAAGUGUACAACACAAUGACUCAGACUUGGAAACCGGUGCCCCCCGAAAAACGGAUGUUCAAAUUGGAAAAUUUGGAAAAAAAGAUUUACUACAAGAGCUUUCAUUUAGACUCUAGGGCUGGGAAAGGUCUAUCUUUGAGCUAUAAAUCGAAGCAUUUGACAUGUGGAUUGGUAGUAUUGGAUACGGUGGAUUCAUAUCUUCGCUCUUCUUGUAUGAUAGAGAAUAUAGCCUAUUUUUAUCGUAAAGGAAAUUUUAUUUGGAGAGGACUUGACGGUAAGAUACUGGUUUACGGGAAAAUAGAGGGUUUAGAAGGGCUACCUAAGUUUUCUAGAUAUUCUAGUGUUCAAUUGGCGGAAUAUGGCGGGAAGCUGGUGGUUUUGUGGGACAAGUAUGUACCUGCGAGUGGGUAUAAGGAGAAGAUGAUUUGGUGUGCAGAGAUUUCGCUCGAAAAACGUAACGGUAAAGAGAUUUGGGGGAACGUUGAGUGGUUUGAUGCUGUGCUUACAGUCCCUAAGUCUUACAAAAUCUUGUGUGCUACUGCUGCUACUCUUUGAUUCGAUGACUCGGGAACUUGAAUUUGUCAAGCUAUUUAUUGUUUAUUUUCUUCUCAGUCGAACAUAGUCAUUACAAUUCAGUUAACUCAUUUUCCAUUGAUAUUACUCCUUAAUUUUUUUCAUAGUUCA